AAAGUGUUCAGCAGAGCAAGGAUUCGCUCAGAGGGACUCCUGGUCACAGCUGCUAACUCCUGGAGACGCGUCCUCUUACUAUAAUCUGCCAGUCCCUUCAGGAGCGGGUGGGGAUCAGGAGCAUGGCCGGUGCACUGACCUGGGUUGCAAAGGGGAUCCGGACACUUUUAGCCUGAGACUGUUUGGCUACAGCGGCUUUCCUCAGGUGUGGUUGGAAGGUGUUAAUGGCGACAGGAAGCGUUUCCGACAGGUCAAAGGCAUGUUUAUACCUGUCUCCCUCCGGCAGCUACUGUAGGCCUCUGCUCCCAGAAGUCGAGCCACUGGAAGGGGGUUACACCGAAGAGUUUGUCCAGCUGGUUGACGACAAGUACCGGUGCGAGCACUGCCGGCGGGUGCUGUGCAAUGCCAAGCAGACCGAGUGCGGGCACCGGUUCUGCGAGACCUGCCUCAACACGCUUCUCAGGAUCCCUGGUCAGGUCUGCCCAGCAGAUCAGGAGCCCCUGGAUGGUACUGAGGUGUUUAAUGACAACUGCUGCCGGAAGGAAGUUUCAAAGCUGAUGGUCCGCUGCCGGAACAGCAAAGCGGGCUGUAAGCAGCAACUGGCACUCAGUGCACUGGAGGCCCAUUUGAACACUUGCCCCUGGCAGCAAGUCCCGUGCUCACACCCCAGCUGUCCUGAGCUCGUACAGCGGCGGGAUCUGAGUGACCAUUUAAUGUACAAGUGCAGAUGCCGAGAAGCGAAAUGUAAACAUUGCCAAAAAGAGAUGACUUUGGCUGAACUGAAGGCACAUGAAGACACCGAGUGUCCGUCAACUCUGAUCACCAGCCUGAAAAACGGUGGGGUGUGUGUUCGCAAGGCUGAGCUCAAAGGUCAGAUGUCAGAGAGCCCCAAGGCUGAGGGAUAUUGCAAAUUUAGCAGCUACGGGUGCACAUUUAAGGGAAUGAGUCAACGAACAAAGGAACAUGAAACCCAGUCAGUCGAACAACACUUGUUGCUGGUGAUGUUGAAAAACAAGGCACUGGAGGAAAAGGUUGCAGAGCUUGAGAGUGAGAUAAAGGAGAAAAGGAUUGACUUACAAAAGAUGGCCAAUCAAAUUCCAAAGAUGGAGAAGGAAAUGUCGUUAACAAGCCAAUCCGUAAACAGAAGUGAGAUAAAAUUGAACCAAUCACAGAAAACACUGGCUGUACACACCAGUAAGCUGCAACAGGUUGAGCGUGAGCUGUUGGAGAGACACAAGGUACAGGAAGAUUUACAACAAGGCAUCCUGUCCAUACGGUAUAACACAGGAAACCUAUCCCGUAGGAUAUCAAUUCUAGAAAAUGGCCAAUCACCAUGCCUCUAUAGGGGGAUCAGUGGCCCAGCGUCGGUUGAGCAUCAAGUCAGCCAACAUGACAACAUGCUGAGCGUCCAUGAGGUGAGGCUGGCCGAGAUCGACCUGCGCUUUCAGCUGCUGGAGACGGCGAGCUACAACGGGCAGCUCAUCUGGAAAAUCCGGGAUUACACACGGCGGAAACAGGAGGCAGUGUCUGGCAAGACGCUCUCGCUCUACAGCCAGCCGUUCUACACCAGCCCGUUUGGAUACAAGAUGUGCGCCCGGGUGUACCUCAACGGGGACGGCAUGGGCAAGGGCACCCACCUGUCGCUAUUCUUCGUGGUGAUGCGGGGCGAGUAUGACCCUCUGCUGCCCUGGCCGUUCAGGCAGAAGGUGACGCUCACCUUGCUGGACCAGGGACCGUCCAGGAUGCAUGUGUCGGACACGUUCAAACCCGACCCCAACAGCACCAGCUUCCGGAGGCCCCACACGGAAAUGAACAUCGCGUCGGGCUGCCCGCUCUUUGUGACUCAGACGGUGCUGGAGAACGAAAUGCACCAUUACAUAAAGGACGACACCAUUUUCAUCAAGAUAGCGGUGGACGUUUCGGACUCUUUGGAGCCCUGAAACCCCUUUGCCCGGUCCGCGUCCAAUUGUGCAAUAGUCCUACGAUCGAUCACAGUGAAAGCUUUUUGGGACCAUGCGAGGCACAGUGCAUGCGAUGUACAAAAGAUGUCUUUCACCUCUUUGCACUAAGAUCUGGGGCCACGAUAAUAAAUUAUGGAAGUGUAAUAAUUCCUUUUGUAAAUAAUAUUAAAUCUACGUAAGCAAUUUCAUAUUAUAAUAUAUAUACACAUGUAUAAAUAUAUGCACAGCAGUGUUAUUAGUUAUUGAUAAUUGGUGUAUUCUCUCUAUGACCCUUUUCUACAGCUUAGGGUUCAGGCAACUGAAAGUAUGGCCAUUGGUGGAGCAAGAGGCCAGAGCUUGUGGAAUGCCAAGAUCUUGGAGGGUUGUAGAGCAGGAGGCUGGUAACAGAGCUAAGGAGGUGUGAGGCCAUAGAGGGGUUUGAAAAUCUAUGGCAGCUCCCCUCCCCCCGCUCCUACCAGUUAGCGGUGAGGAAGGGAAGGAGGAUAGGUGCACCCAAUUGUAGGCAUCCCCCAGGAACAAAGGACUUAGGAGCAGGAGUAGGCCAUACAGAGCCUGC